AUGAUCACGCACCCGAGCCAAGACUUCCUCGCACUCGUUGAGGCGCUCCUGUUCGCUCUCAGCCCCUCAGAGCAAGCCCCCGAUGCCGUCCUCACACAGCUGCACGCUCUCUUCGGCCCCAUGCUGGUCUCGGCACUCCAGCUCGUCGACAGGCGGGACGUGGUCAAGGUUUCCCUCCCCGGCGGCAGGUUCGUGCACCAGGUCACAUCGUCCGCCGGCGCACCGUACACACUCUACCUCGACCUUCCCUCUCCACCAGUAGUCCCGGCGGCAGACCUCACGCAGCCCCCGACCCAGGCCCCGAGCCCGACGUACGUGUCGCCCAAAUCACCCGCGUCAGACGCGCAAGCAGGAGGCGACGCCUCGAACGAGGCGCAAGGCGACGACGCCAGCCCUCUCUCUCCCCCAUCUCAAGCGCCCAAGCUCGGUCGCAUGAUCUGCCCGUGUACCGGUUUCGCCUUCAACACGCUCACUGCCCCGCGGUCCAUCUUUUGCAAGCACAUCCUGGCUGUGCUCCUCGCCGAUCGACUAGGAAAAGUCGUCGACACAACCGUCCCGCUGGCUGCUGCUGCCGGGCUUCUGGGGCUUGGUGGCGCGGGAGGGUGA